AACGGACAACGCUCACAAUAUAGUUAAUGCUAUUAAUAUGUGUGGAUGGAGACAUGUAAGUUGUUAUGUUCAUAGCUUGAAUUUAGUGGUGCAAACAGCUCUUAAAUUAAUAUCUGAAAUAAGAGAUAAAGUAAGAGGAAUUGUAGGUCAUUUCAAGAGAAGCCCUCAAGCAGCUGAAAAACUUAAAAAUAUGCAAAUUCAAUUAGGCUUUAUACCACCUUUAAUGUUGAUUCAGGAUGUUGUCACUCGUUGGAAUUCAACAUAUGAGAUGUUUCAGCGUAUUCUAGAUCUUAAAGUUCCUCUAUCAUCAGUAUUAGUUGAUUGCCAUUAUGAUGCUUAUUUGUCCAAUAAUGACGGGCUAAUUAUUUCAAAAACAUGUGAGAUAUUAAAAUAUUUUAAGGAAAUAACAGUAGAAAUAAGUAGUGAGAAAUGUGUUUCUAUUUCAAAAUCUAUUGUAUUUAGUCGAGCACUACUUAAGUAUUGUACUCAUUUGGAAAAUCAGUCAUAUGAUUCACCGCAAUUAACAAAUAUGGUUUCCAAAUUAAAUCAACAAGUACAACAAAGAUUUGGAUCACUUGAAAAAAUACAAAUUUUGGCAGAAGCCACGAUUCUUGAUCCAAGAUUUAAAAAAUUUGGAUUUUUUAGUGAAAGAGCAUUUUUAGAAGGAAAAAAAACAUUAAUUGAUAAAGCUACAUCGAUACGGAUUGAAAAUAAUAUACCAAUUGUGACACAAAAUCAACCUUCUGUUACUGGAGGAGAUUCUAUUUGGAACGAUUUUGAUGAAGAAGUAAGUAGUCAACUGAUAUCUACAAAUCCAACUUCUGCAGCUAUCAUUGAAAUUGAUAAAUACCUUCAAGAAGGGUUAAUUCCAAGAAAUAAAAACAUUUUAAAAUGGUGGAGAGACAACCAAAAUGUAUAUCCACGUUUGUUUGAACUGAUGAAAAAACGCCACUGCGUAUUAGCUACAUCAGUGCCCUGCGAACGAAUAUUUUCUAAAGCAGGGCAAAUUAUAACUGAAAAAAGAAGUAGGUUAAUAAGUAAAAACUUUGAAAAAAUGAUAUUUCUUAAUUUUAAUUCUACAUAA